UCCUGAAACGCAACGUCUGCGCGCUGUACCAUCGAUCAACUGCUGUGAGGAGAUUGGUUCUCUGGACAGUACUGUUUGAGAAGGGUUAUUUAAGAUAUACUUUUUUUUAUCUGCCAAAAUGCUCAACAGCUCUAUCAGGAAUCUUACACUGGAGGACGUUUUUUUCCUAAUUAACAACUCGUCUUGGAACGGAACGUACAACGAGUCUCACGGCAGCGCUAUCCUCAUCUCCUUCAUUUACUCGGUUGUCUGUUUGGUCGGACUGUGCGGGAACUCUAUGGUUAUCUAUGUCAUUUUCAGAUAUGCCAAAAUGAAAACUGCAACAAAUAUUUACAUUCUGAAUUUAGCCAUCGCGGACGAGUUACUUAUGCUGAGUGUCCCCUUCCUGGUGACAUCUUCACUCCUUCACCACUGGCCUUUCGGCUCCCUUCUCUGCCGACUUGUUCUAAGUGUUGAUGCUAUUAAUAUGUUUACGAGUAUUUACUGCCUAACUGUACUUAGCAUAGACCGAUAUAUCGCGGUUGUGCACCCCAUCAAAGCCUCCCGGUACCGGAGGCCCACAAUAGCUAAAAUAGUCAACUUCGGGGUUUGGAUGUUUUCUAUCCUGGUCAUUUUGCCCAUUAUUAUAUUUUCCACGACCGUUCCAAACUUGGACGGUUCGCUCGCUUGUAACAUUCAGAUGCCAGAGCCAGUGAACCAGUGGAUGGCUGUGUUUGUGAUUUAUGCCUUUCUCAUGGGCUUUCUGUUCCCUGUCUUUGCUAUCUGUAUGUGUUACAUCCUCAUCAUCGCCAAGAUGAGAGUGGUGGCACUGAAGGCAGGCUGGCAGCAGCGUAAGAAAUCGGAGAGAAAGAUCACUCUGAUGGUGUUGAUGGUGGUGACCGUGUUUGUCAUCUGUUGGAUGCCCUUUCAUAUUGUACAGCUCGUUAAUGUCUUCGUGAAGCACCAUAACGCGACAUUCAUGCAACUCGCAGUGAUUUUGGGGUACGCAAACAGCUGCGCCAACCCUAUACUGUAUGGAUUUUUAUCAGACAAUUUCAAACGUUCGUUCCAAAGAAUUUUGUGCCUGCGGUGGAUGGACAAUGCAACGGAGGAACCAAUAGAUUACUAUGCCACGGAUCUGAAAAGUCGUGGUUACAGUGCGGAUGAAUUUCAACCAGACAACAUGGAAUGUGACAGCACUUAUAGAAAUGGAAUCUGCACUUCGAGGACAACGACACUGUAACCUAGCACAUGGACAUAAAGUGAUGAAACGAUAUGAACAAAAUCAUAAAUGUGACCACUGAGUGUUUUGCUCAUUAGGCCUACUAGGCUGUUACGCCUAGUUACUUCGGUAUUUAUUAGUUUUGUUUACUUGCAACUAUUUAUAUGAACUGAAUUAAAAUGUUGACUAAUCAGAAUGUCUUAUUGUUCGAAUCAUUGCAAUAUGGAUUCAGGUGGCACUGUGCGUAAAAGUCCUCCAAUUAUGACAAGUAGCCUUGCAGAGCAGAAACAGACUUGCACUACUAGAUGCUGCCGGUGUGCAGUGCAGUUAUACCAUUUCCCCUGUGUGAGCCAGAGUGUGGACUCGAGUCAUAAGACUUUGACUCGAGUCUGACUUGAGUCACACAUCUGCUCACCUGAGACUCGACUUGAUAGAAAAUAAAAUAACUCGAGACUUGACUCGAAACGCACACUCGGCACUCUCUCUGAUUGGACCAACUGUCAAUCAACACAGGUCGGAUGAGCUGGCGCAGUGAGAAGAUUUUCGGGGGUCGCUUGUGCGAAAGCUGAAUGGGAAAAUAUGAAUAUUUUUUCAUACAUAUUUUAAUAGGCUACAUGUAGCCUGACAUUUAAAUUUUAUAACAAUGCCUUUACGAUCUGGUCACUAACAUGAUAGGCCUACAGCAUUGCAACAAAUGGUUGUUUCCAAAACAUUCUAAACUAUGCUUCAGAACCACAAAGUUGUGCAUCUUGACUGUUGACCAGUCAUUACCAUUGGCGUGCAAAGAUGGGCUCACACAUCCGGAUUAGUGACCAGAAAUCGCUUGUUUAAUUUCCCCCGGUUUUGCUAGGCCAAAAUAGAGUAGCCUGCCUAAAUGAAUAUUAUCCAGUGGAGAUGCGUCAUUCAUGGCAGGUGGGACUCAAAACAGAUGGAGCUCUGCCCCACCUGCCAUGAAAAUAUGUGUGACAUAUCCGUCUGUAAACAAUGUAAAAGAAAUGUUGCAUUAAUAAAGCC